UGUGGGACUCGUUUGUGAGUAGUGCGCGUGUAUGUGUGUGAGAGAGAGGUAGAGAGGAGUGGUGACAAGUCUUCCUGGCGAUACGCUCUCCUGAAAGACAUACUCGAACUCCCUCUUUCAUAUUGUCGUGGUUUAGCGUCGAGUCGCCAGGUGUUUGGAGGUGGUCCGCAGGAUGUCGCUUAAUGGGCCACAGCUUACGAGCUUGGUGUCAGAAGUUGUGCCUCCGCUGACAUAUGCAGCUCACAAAGGCCAGGCUGGCCGAAUUGGCAUAAUGGGUGGAUCCUUAGAAUAUACAGGUGCACCUUACUUUUGUGCUAUGACUGCUCUACGUAUUGGUGCAGAUUUAACUCACAUCUUUUGUCAUCGUGAUGCAGCUGUACCCUUGAAGUCAUAUUCUCCAGAGCUGAUUGUCCAUCCCUUAUUAGAUGCUAAUGACCCAAUGACUGAAAUUGAUGAGUGGCUACCUCGUCUUCAUGCCUUAGUGUUGGGUCCUGGUCUUGGAAGACGACCGCAGACAUUUGCUACUUUGGGCCAUGUGAUUGAAGCAGCCAAGGAUCGCCAGUUGUUGCUUGUUAUUGAUGCUGAUGCUCUUUUCUACCUGAAUGAAAACUAUGACACUUUACAGGGAUACAGCAAUGCAAUUUUAACCCCAAAUAAGGUGGAGUUUGCUCGUCUGUACCGAGCAGUCAUGAAAGGGGAUAUGAAGGCAGAACAUGUUACUUCUGAUCAUGUUCAACAAGUGGCAAAGAAGUUAGGUGUUACAGUUGCAUGCAAGGGUAAUGUUGAUAUCAUUGCAUCAGGUGACACUGUCAUUACGUGUGAGGUUCCUGGCUCUCCAAGACGUUGUGGUGGUCAAGGUGAUGUGCUCAGUGGUGCUGCUGCAAUCUUCCUUUAUUGGGCAUUUGGCACAGCAGCUGCCACAAUAGAAAAACCACUUUACCCACCAACAGUAUUGGCAGCAUGGGGUGCAUGUGCUCUAACCCGUCGAGCUUCUGGUCUGGCCUUUACCCAGCGUGGACGGGGUACACUCACUACAGAUAUGCUUCAGUUUGUUAGUCAGGCCUUCACAUCUCUCUUUGUUAACAAAUCAAAAUGAAGUUAAUACCCAUCUUUAAUCCAUUCUUAUUAACCCAGUCUCAGUUUAUAUGGCCCAGUGAUUCCAGUUUCCAUUAUAGCCAUCAUAAUGUUGUAGAGAUCAAAUUGCAGGGUCCUUUCUACUCAGCUUUAACUAUAUGUCGAGUUUUGUUCAUGGUGCUCAAUAUUUUCUUCACCCUAAAUUAAAUACUACAAUGUUUGAAUAAAGCCACUAUAGUUUUAUGUUACAAUGAAUCCCUAUUCUUGUUUGUGGUACACAUUUUGUUAAUUUUUUUUUUUUUUUGCACAUUUAAAUUUUAUGUUUAUCUCACUCUCUGGUUAGUGAACUUUCUGCAAGAGGCUCAUGUCAGCCCAAAUUUUUUGGGGAAAAUGUGGGUAGUCAGUAGUUGUAAAACUUUAUUAUAGGAUUGUUCUAGAAACUUUGUAGUCUAUAUUUGUUUUGUCUUAGAUAAGAAAAUGUCUUUCUUUGUAAUGUAUAACUUGUGUUCAAGUGAAGAAACCGAUAUAGAGCUUAGGAGGAAAUUAUGAACAUUUUAGGUUAUUGUUUGUGGUUCAUUUUGUUACAUUUUACAUUAACUUUUCCAUUCCCUUACAUGAUACCUCACAUAAGCACUUGGUGUAAUGUAUUGUUGAAGGUUAAUUGUAUUAUCUAAAUGUUGCAGGCUUUAUUAAAGCAAGUAAAUGAAAUUUUCAAAUUUGUAAGCAAGGAUUAAUAUAUGGUAUAAUUGUAUUAGUUUAAAAUCUAUUCAGAAGCCCUAAUUAUUAUUUUAUAAUAUGUAUCUUGGCAUUUAUUAUGCUUUGAAAACUGUAGCACAAGACAAAUGGUGUAUUAAUAAUGUCUUAAAUAUACCGUAUAUUGGAUCGUAAUGUAAAAAUAGCGCCUUAAGCUUUACAAAUUGUCACCACGAGUAUCCAUAAUAAUGAACAAUAUAUUUUUUUGUUUUUAUAAGAAUAUUUUUAUUUAUGCAUAGUAAACAUUAUUAAUGUUUGCAUGUAGCUACUAAAAUACUUAAAAUUAACACAUGUUUGGCGAGUUCCUCUCAUGAUAAAAAAGAGGCUAUAAAGGGAGAGAAUAUAAUUGUGAUAAAUUAAAAAUAAACAAAUUUUAUCA